AUGAUAAAUACCAAUUCAAAGUCAACUACAAAAAGGCCCCUUUCAGGGCCAGCCCUGAUGAUAACCUCGAUAAAUAUCGAGGGUUUGACUAGUGACAAAGAAAUACUUCUAGAAAACAUAUGUAAAGAAACACUAUGUGAUAUUAUAUGUAUCCAGGAAACACAUAGAGGCAAAGACCGGAAUAAACCAAAAAUCCGAGGGAUGAAAUUGGUAGCUGAAAUACCACAUGACAAACAUGGUAGUGCUAUUUUCACUAAACCUAUGUUGGAAAUAAAGUCAUCAGAUGUAAUAAAUGUUGAAGGAAUAGAAAUUUUAACGAUAGAACUAACUAAUUGCACAGUUACAUCAGUAUACAAACCACCAAAUAUUCCAUUUACUUUCCAUAAGCCUGACAAUUUUAACAAUUCAAGAACAAAAAUAAUUAUUGGCGAUUUCAAUAGCCAUCACACAGAAUGGGGAUAUGAAAAUACAAAUGAUGAUGGAGAACGAGUUGAACAAUGGGCAGAUGGAAACCAAUUAUCGUUCAUACAUGACUCCAAGCUGCCUCCAUCCUUUAAUAGUGCUAGGUGGAAAAGGGGGUAUAAUCCAGAUUUGAUCAUGGUCAGUGAAAAUAUAAGACAGAAAUGUGUCAAGAUAGUAGCAAAACCAAUUCCACGCUCCCAACAUCGUUCAAUUGUUUGUUCAAUAAACGUCACCAUUAAACCCACUAUAAUGCCAAUGAAAAGAAGAUUUAAUUUCAGAAAGGCUAAUUGGAACGAUUUUAGUACAGAUCUGGACUCGAAGAUCACAAACCUUGCACCAUUAACGGAAAAUGACGAGGCUUUUGUGAAUAUAGUUAAAAGAGUAUCGAGAAAACAUAUUCCAAGGGGCUGCAGAACAGAAUAUAUAACGGGUCUUUCCUCAGAGCUAACAGAACACAUGCGUGCAUACACAGAAAUGUAUGAGAAGGACCCUUUUGGAUAUGAAACCAUAAAUAAAGGUGAAUUUUUGCUAGAAGCAAUAGGUACAGAAAGGAGAGCAAAUUGGAUAAAUUUAGUAGAAAGCAUUGAUAUGAAACACAGUAGCCAAAAAGCAUGGGGCUUAAUGAAGAAACUAAAUAACGAUCCAAAGCAAAGGAAUUCACAGAACUUAACCACACCAGAUCAAAUCGCACACCAACUUCUCUUAAACGGAAAAGGUCAGAGGGAAACAAACCAAAAGAGAACCCAGAAAAAACACACAACUGAAAAUGAAGAAUGUGGACAUUUUAAAGAGCAAUUCAAUAUAGAAGAAUUAAACGAAGCCAUUAAGAUGCUUAAAAAUAGGAAAGCCGCUGGACUGGAUGAUAUAUGUGUAGAACAAAUUAAAGAAUUCGGUCCUAAGACCAAACAGUGGAUACUAGAGCUAUUCAAUGAAAUCAGAUCUACCUAUAAACUGCCAAAAAUUUGGAGAAAAGCUCACAUAAUAGCCCUUUUGAAACCAGGUAAAGAACCAACAAGCCCCAAAAAUUUCCGGCCGGUAUCACUUCUAUGUCACUUAUAUAAAGCCUUCGAAAGAAUGGUUCACAACCAUAUAGUUAGACAAUUGACGAAAAAUUGA